UAAAAAUAAAAAAAGAAAUGUGCUAUAUGUACCUUGGAAAAAUACGUUUUUCUCAAGAAAUAUUGUGUUUACCGAUAUUCUAUCAACGUUAAAAAAUUGAACCCUAGCUAUUUGUAAUUGAGACACUGCUAAAUAUUGCAAAAAAAGCAUUUAUUUAUAAAAAAAUCUAAAAAAUCACUUUUGAGAAAUUUAACAUAUAGCACCAACGUAUUGCGCAUGCGCAAACCACUCCGAGUGCGUCAGCGGUCAGCGUGUGGCAGGCAAAGCGAGCAGCUGUUCUGCAGUGGAGAAAAUACUUAGUGCUGCUGGCUGCACUUUGUGCUGAUGCUGAUGAUGUCGCAUCUGAAAGCAGUAUGCAGCGAUCCAGGGAUUGUGCCAUUGCCACAAUCAAGGAUGGACUUUUCGGUUAUUCAUACAGGAAGUUCUGGUGGAGAUGAUUGUGAUGAGAAAUGACUGUGUGCACUAGGUGUGAGACUUACAGACCACCUAGGGCACAUCAUUGUAGGAUUUGUAAAAGGUGCAUUAGGAGAAUGGAUCAUCAUUGUCCCUGGAUAAACAAUUGUGUUGGUGAAAGAAAUCAAAAAUAUUUCAUACCAUUUUUAGUGUAUGUCGGUACUCUAGCUUUAUACGCGAUAGCCUUAGUAAUCGUGUCUUGGGUAUUUGAUUAUCCACAGUGCAGCAAUGACAUUGCAAUAAAACAGAGUCGCAUUUUACACUGUGUGAUACUAGUUCUCGAAUCAUCAUUAUUUGGAAUGCUUGUAAUUGCAAUUCUAAUAUAUCAAUUCCAAGCUAUUCUUGAUGAUGAAACCGCCGUUGAACGUGUACAAGGAACUCACAAUCAUCAUAAGAAUACUCAUGCUUUUACUCUACUAGCUCAAGUCUGUGGCAAGAGCCAUCCUAUAUUCUGGCUGCUUCUUUGCCAUAAUCCUCCCCGUUAUUCUUGCAGGCGAGAUGAUCAUCUUAUUUGAGAUGACCAUCAAGUUUGAUUAAAUUAUCUAAUUUAAGUCAACAAAAAGAAAGUCUUUUAAAAAGAAAUUGUCAGUCAAGUUGAAAGUUGUAUAUUUAUUUAUCUUAUUUAGGUGGUUUUAGUUUUUAUAAUGAUUUGCUAUUGGAAUGAAUUCAAUUUAAACUCGAUUUAUCUUUUUUGUUCUUGUUCUAAAACAUAAAACAAAGUUUUUCUUUUCUAAAGACAAUAUUGACGAAACGUAAUAAAAUCUUGUGCCACUAUUUUUUUUUAUAUUCUUACCAAAGGCAGUAUCAAGACAUAAAGAAUAAGAAAGUGUCAUAUAAACAAUUAUUAAAGUACAUUAAUUCGAGUACAAUUAAAAUAAUGUCACAAUGUUUCAAAAGCUGUGUUAUGUGUAUCAAUAGGAACUUCCAUGAUUAACAACAUAUUUUAUAUUAUAUCUUAGUCUUUGUAAUGUAUUUUAUAUUUUAAAUUAUGAUUGGAUUUGUUUGCAGUUUCUGUAUUAUACAUGUGUAUAUACACUUACUUGUUUAUGAUAGAUUGUAAUGCAACAAUUUUAUUCAUGAGAAUAUAUUUUAGUAUAUUAAAUAUCUUGAAAUCUUAAAUAUACAUAAGUGAAAUAUGAAAACAUGAAUUCUUUUAAUGCUGAUAUUCUAAUUUCUAAGAUAUUUCAACAAGUUAAUAAAAGUUGUUGCUACAUAAACAAGUACAAGUCUUGAGAUUUUUUGGGAUAUUUAUGUAGCAACAACUUUAAGCACAAAGUGCAGCCAGCAGCACUAAGUAUUUUCUCCACUGCAGAACAGCUGCUCGCUUUGCCUGCCACACGCUGACCGCUGACGCACUCGGAGUGGUUUGCGCAUGCGCAAUACGUUGGUGCUGUAUGUUAAAUUUCUCAAAAGUGAUUUUUUAGAUUUUUUUAUAAAUAAAUGCUUUUUUUGCAAUA